UGCCAGGUGGCUGGGCCCUUCCUGAGCCCAGGGGCUGCCCAGGGAUGGAGGCACCCACACCAGCGGACACGUGCAGGCCCUGACCGUGCUCCAGAUCUGCUUUGUCAAGCAUGGAGGCUGGAGAGUUCCCAAAGACUGAAGAUAGAGCUGAGGACCCAGGCUCCCAAAAUGAAGGGCAGCCUGAUUCCCCACCUGGAGGGCAGAGCCCCAGCCCCACGGCUCUCUGGGAUAUGCUAGAAAGGAAGUUUCUGGAAUACCAGCAGUUGGCACAUGGGAGCCCAGGACAUCGGAGGAGCCUGCUGAGUCUUCUCCCCCUGUUCCUAAAGGCCUGGGAACACUCUGUGGGCAUCAUCUGCUUCCCCAGUCUCCAAAGGUUGGCAGAAGAUGUUUCCAACCAGCUUGCCCAACAAAUCCAGAGGGUCCUGGCCGGGAAGCCUGCAGAGCAAGCACGGGUGGCAGCUGGGCAGUUGCUGAGGUGGAGAGGGGACAUGGAUCAGGACGGCCACCUGCUCCUGAAGUCGGUAUAUGUGCUCACUGGGACAGACGCGAAGACACUGAGCAGAGUGGCUGAGUCUGGACUCCCGGCCCUACUCCUCCAAUGCCUGUACCUCUUCUUCGUCUUUCCUGUGGACAAGGACGAGCUCUUAGAGAGUGACCUUCAAGGGCAGAGGAUGUUUGUGCAGAUGUUGCUGAACCUGUGCAGUGAGCCUCAGGGUCUGGAGGGCCUCCUCUUGGGGAGCGAGCUCCAGUCUCUGCUCAUUGCCACCACCUGUCUCCGGGAGCACAGCUGUCGCUUCUGGAGAGAGCCGACCUUUUGUGUGCUGAGGGCCAUCUCCAGGGUGCAGAGCCCCAGCAUCAUCCAGUACCUGCAGGCUGCAGACUGCAUGCGGCUGUCUGUCCAGAACCUCUCCAGGCUGGUGGACACUCUCCCAGCCCCUGAGGUGAGCCAGGCUGUGAGCCUGGUGCUGAGCUUUGUGAAGGACUCCUACCCAAUCUCCUCGGCCUUGUUUCUGGAGUUUGAGAACGGAGAGGGAUACCCUCUGCUGCUCAAGGUGCUCCUGCGGUAUGACGGGCUGACCCAGGGACAAGUGGAGCCCCACUUGGAGGAGCUCGUUGGGCUGGUGGUGUGGCUGACCUCCUGUGGGAGCUCAGAGCUGAAGGUGUUCGACAGCAUCACUUACCCACAGCUUGAGGGCUUCAAGUUCCACCAGGAGUCUUCUGGGGUGACUGUUAAGAAUCUUCAGGCUUUCCAGGUCCUGCAGAAUGUCUUCCACAAAGCCAGUGACUCAGUUCUCUGUACGCAAGUUCUCCUGGCCAUCAAGACCAUGUGGGCCUGGAACCCAAGGAACUUCUUCCUGCUGGAGUGGACCCUGCAGCCCAUCUCACAGUUUGUGGAGCUUGUGCCCUCAAAGCCGACCCUGGUGCAGGUGCACUUCUUCCAACUGCUGGAGGCCCUGGUGUUCAGGCUGCGCUACGUGCCCCAUGAGAUCCUGCGCAAAGUGCAGCAUCUGAUCAAGGAGAGCCCCCAGCCAUCCUGCACCCUUGUGGCCCUGCAGAGCAUCCUCAAGAUCACUGACAGUGAACCCCUCUUCACUGACAUCUUCCGGGACUCGGGGCUGCUGGGCCUGCUGCUGGCACAGCUGCGGAAGCAGGCUAAGAUCAUGAGGAAGUCAGGAAACAAAGAGCCCAGUCCUGGCAUCCAAGAUCCAGAAAGAGAACUCACAGGCGUGAUGCUGAGAACUGUAGUGGCACUUCUCAAAGGCUCGGUUCGGAAUGCAGUGGUCUUGAAGGACCAUGGCAUGGUACCCUUCAUCAAGAUCUUCCUGGAUGACCAGUGCUACCGUGAGGCCUCACUCAGCAUCCUGGAGCAGCUUGCAGUCAUCAAUGCUGAGGAGUACGCCAGCAUCAUUGUGGGUGCGCUGUGCUCCUCCACACAGGGCGAGCUGCAGCUGAAACUGGAUCUCCUGCAGUCUCUGCUCCGGAUCCUCGAGACUCCCAAAGGCCGAGCUGCUUUCCGAGUCUCCAGCGGCUUCACUGGGCUGCUGUCGCUGCUGUCUGACCUGGAGGGCUCUCUCCACGAGCCCCCGAUGGAGGCAUGGGGUGCUGUGUCCCGUGGCCAGACCCUGGAGCUGCUGCUGCACACCCUCUGUGCCCUGUCCGCCGCGCUGCACUUGGACCCUGUCAAUAGUGACUUCUUCCGGAGGCAUGGGCUCUUUGAGAAGCUAGCUGAGGACCUCAGCUCACUGGGCUGUUUUGGGGCCCCAGAGGAAGAGGGAACCCCUCAGCACUCCUGGCCUGACACAAAGGCCAGGCCAUUUGCUGAACUGCUGAGCACCUCCUUUUCCCCCAGCUGCCCACUUCCUGCCAGGGCACAGAGCUGCCUGCAGGUCCUUGGCUUCCUGGACAGCAUGGCCAGUGGCAUCCUCCACCUGCGCAGGGAUCUGAGGCAGCCCCCUGCUACCCUCUCCCAGAAAGGACAAGCCGCUGGUGGCCUCCAGGGCAGCUUCAAGCAGUGGCCAGACCUGGAGGAGAGGCCAGAUGAAGGGGAUGCUGUGAUCAUGCACCCCAGGAUUGUGUGCAUCAUGGUGAAGCUGUUGCCCCUGCUGUACCACGAAGACCACCCACAGCUGUCAGAGGAGAUCCAGUGCUCUGUGGCCAGCCACCUGCUAUCCCUGGUGAAGUCAGAGAAGAGCCGGCAGGUCAUGUGUGAGGCAGGCAUGCUCAGAACGCUCGUAACCUCCUGCCAAGGGGUCCUCCGCACUGGCAGCAGCCCCCUGCAUGUGCCUCUCAUCAGGAUUUUUGAAAAGCUUGCUUCGCAGGCCAUCGAGCCCGACGUGCUGAGACAGUUUCUAGGGUUAGGAAUUCCCCUGCCCCUGUCAGCUGCAGUGAAACACCUCAAAGCAUCUCCCGAGGGCAGUGGAGGCACCCCUGGGUGCUCAGGGCCACCAGCCACAGAUAUGCGUCCAUCUGAGGGACCUGCCGAUGCCAUCCCUGGAGUGGCUCAGGAUAGCACAUCUUCGAGGAUGUCCUGGGAUUCCACCCCAGCCCUUCAGACAGCACUGAGCCUCAUCUCCAUGACCUCCCCGCGCAAUCUGCAGCCACAGAGGGCAGCCCUGGCUCCAUCCUUUGUGGAAUUUGACAUGUCUGUGGAGGGUUACGGGUGCCUGUUUAUUCCAACCCUGUCUACCGUUAUGGGGACCAGUACUGAGUACUCUAUCUCCGGAGGGAUCGGGACAGGUGGAGCCAGGCCCUUCCCUCCUCCUGGGGGCCUCACCUUCUCUUGCUGGUUCCUGCUCAGCCGGCAGGCCAUCGCCACCGAGGGCCACCCGAUCCGCUUCCUCACCCUAGUACGCCACCUGGCCAGGACCGAGCAGCCCUUUGUUUGCUUCUCUGCCAGCCUCUGCCCAGAUGACCUCUCCUUGGUGGUAUCCACAGAAGAGAAGGAAUUCCAGCCCCUGGACGUCAUGGAACCCGAGGAUGCCAUUGACCCCUCCCCUGGACGCCAGCUUCAGGUCAGGUGUGGCCAGCUGCUGGCCUUCGGUCAGUGGCAUCACCUGGCUGUGGUUGUCACCAAGGAAAUGAAAAGGAACUGUACCAUCUCUACAUAUCUGGAUGGACAGGCUAUCGGCUCAGCCAAAAUGCUGUAUAUCCAGGCCUUGCCUGGACCCUUCCUUUCAAUGGAUCCGUCCUCAUUUGUGGAUGUUUAUGGAUAUAUUGCAACCCCUCGAAUUUGGAGACAAAAGUCGUCAUUAAUCUGGCGUCUUGGUCCUACCUACCUCUUUGAAGAAGCCAUAUCAAUGGAUACUCUGGAAGUUAUUAUCAAACUUGGCCCAAGAUACUGUGGUAACUUCCAAGCUGUGCAUACUCCAGGAGAAGACCUUGAUGGUGAAGUCAAACCCCUUGUUGCAGAGGAAAAGGUUUCCUUUGGACUCCACGUGGCCAGCUCCUCCAUCACCAAUGUGGCAGACCUCAGAAACACCUACAACGAGGUGGACAGCCGCCUAAUUGCCAAGGAGAUGAACAUUUCCUCCCGUGACCAUACCACACCCGUGUUCCUGCUGAGAAAUUGUGCUGGACACCUCUUGGGUUCGCUCAGGACCCUUGGAGCUGUUGCUGUGGGCCAGCUAGGGGUGAGGGUCUUUCACUCCAGCCCUGCUGCCAGCAGCUUGGACUUCAUUGGUGGUCCCGCCAUCCUCCUGGGCCUCAUCUCCUUAGCAACAGAUGACCAUACCAUGUAUGCAGCUGUGAAGGUCCUGCACUCAGUUCUGACCAGCAACAUCAUGUGUGACCACCUGAUGCAGCACAUCAGCGGGUACCAGAUCCUGGCGUUCCUCCUGCGGAAGAAGACCUUUCUUCUCAACCACCACAUCCUCCAGCUCAUCCUCUCGGUGGCUGGCACUGCAGAGCUGGGCUUCAGGCCAUCUGCUGUCACCAACAUGAGUGUCUUCCAGCACAUUCUCUGUGACUUCGAGCUCUGGACAAAAACUGCAGACAACCUGGAGCUCGCCCUCUUGUCUCACCUCAUGGAUAUCCUCCAGUCACCAAGGGAAGGAGCAAGGAAUGCCGAGGUCGCCCACCAAGCCCAGCUCAUCCCCAAGCUUGUCUUCCUCUUCAACAACCCCAGACUUGCUCCCGCCAAGGUCCCCAUUAUCAUUGGCAUCCUGGGCUGCCAGUUGAAGGGUCACUUCAGCAUCCAGGACCUACUGAGGAUCGGGCUCUUUGUUGUAUACACUCUCAAGCCUUCCUCAGUGGAAGAGACUCAGGUCUGUGUGGAUGGAGCCCCGGCCUCCUCAGUGCCUGCUGGAAGCCAAACAUCUGCAAAGACAAUCAAGCUCAGAAACCAGUUGCUGGAGAUGCUACUCGGUGCAAUGUCUUCCCCUCAGAUCCAUCUGUCCUCUGAGUCAAAGGAGGAGAUGUUUCUGAGCCUGGGUCCUGACUGGUUCCUGCUGCUCCUGCAGGGCCACCUACAUCCCAGCACCACCGUGCUGGCCUUGAAAUUGCUGCUGCACUUCCUGUCCAGCCCCUCCCUCCGUGCCCAAUUCAAGGAUGGCCUGUCUGUGGGCUCCUGGGUGGAGCGAAGUGCCGAGGGUGUGACCAUCAUAAUGGACAACCUGAAGAGCCCCGAAGCUGUGCCCGAGCACAGCCACUGCCUGCUUCCUGGCUUCCGCGUCUUGACUGACUUCCUGAGCCACCGCGUUCACAUCCCGGAAAUCUACUUCAUAGUGUCCACCUUCUUCCUGCAGACACCACUGACAGAGCUGAAGGAUGGGCCCAAGGACAGCCUGGAUGCCAUGCUGCAGUGGCUCCUGCAGAAGCACCACCAGCAAGAAGUGCUCCGGGCCGGGCUGUGCACAGAAGGUGCCCUGCUGCUCCUGGAAAUGCUGAGAGCCACCAUGAGCCAGCCCUCUGCAGGUUGUAAAGAAGGCACAUGGGAGCAGACAUUUCCGGCCAGUGUGCUGUACUUCCUGGGCCUUGUGCACCGCACCUACCCCCAGGACCCGGCCUGGAGGGCCCCUGACUUCCUGCAGACCCUGGCCACAGUCACCUUCCCCGUGGGAGCCCAAAAGGACCCUGUGGCUGAGUCCACCGGGAGUACCAGUCCUGGGCCUGCAGCUGGAGGGGACAGCACUAUGGGGGGUCUCCAGGCUGCUGUCACCUUCCACCCUGGCCGAAGGCAGCUGAGGGAGUUUACACAGGGCCUGCUGAGGGAGCUGCUGCUCAGAGCCUCCAGUCCCAAGCAGUGGCAGCCGCUGGACAUGCUCCUGGAGGCCUCUCUGGAAAAUGCCAGCAGCCAGCAGAAGCGAGACUUCCAGUCUGAGGUCCUGCUGUCCACCAUGGAAAUCUUCCACACCUCAAGCACAGGCAGCACCCUGCUUCUCCAAGGCAGUAGCGAGCCUCAGCACAGCAUGGAUGCUGCACCCUCCCUCUGGAACAUCUCCCACUUCGCUCAGCGGCUCGUGGAGAAGCUAUACGGUGGCGUGUUCUCGGCAGACCCCAAGCACAUCCUGCUCUUCCUCAUGGAGCACAUCAUGGUGGUCAUCGAGAACCCCUCUUCUCAAAGGGACACUGUCCUCAGCACCUUGUACAGCAGUCUGAACAAAGUCAUUCUUUACUGCCUCUCCAAGCCCCAGCAGUCCCUGUCCGAAUGCCUCAACCUGCUCAGCAUCCUGGGCUUUCUGCAGGCACAUUGGGACAUUGUGUUUGCCACCUACAACUCCAAUGUCAGCUUCCUCCUGUGUCUCAUGCAUUGUCUUCUACUGCUCCAUGCAAGAAGUUACCCAGAAGGUUUUGGAUUGGAGCCCAAGCCUCGAAUGACUCCUUAUCACCAGGUCUUCCUCUCCCCCAAUGAAGAAGGGAAGGAGAAAAGAGACGACGAGGACAUCCCGAGCCUGAACGAUGCCCAGCACAGCAUUGAGAAGACCGUGCAGGCUCUGUGGAAGCAGCUUGUGGCGCAGAGGAGGCAGGCGCUGGAGGAUGCCUUUAAGAUUGACCUCUCUGUGAAACCUGGAGAGAGUGAAGUGAAGAUCGAAGAGGUCACCCCGCUCUGGGAGGAGACGAUGCUGAAGGCCUGGCAGCAUUACUUAGCGUCCGAGAGGAAGUCACUGGCCAGCCACUCCAGCAUCCUGCCACACAGCAAAGUCUCGUCUUGGAGUGGGAGCCUGUCCACGGUCAUUCGAUUGACGCCUGGGCGCCAGGCCAAGGAGCCGGAAUGCAGGGCUGAGGAUUUCGUGUCUUGUAUUGAGAACUGCAGACGAAGAGGACAGGAGCUGUAUGCAUCUCUGUACCAAGAUCACAUUCAGAGGCAGCGAUGUAGCAACAUCAAGGCAGCCAAGGCCUGGGACCGGAUCCAGGAGCAACUGUUUGGGGAGCUGGGCUUGUGGGGCCAGGCGGCUGGAGAAGUCAUGCCCUGCUCCCAGUGGGAACUGGACUGGAGAGAAGGCCCAGCUCGCAUGAGGAAGCGCAUCCGCCGCUUGUCUCCACGGGAGGUUGGCAGCCCAGGAGGGUGCGAGGAAAGCCAAGACCAAAAGGGUGAUAUUUCACAGAAUUAUGCUGAAAAACAAGGUGAGCUGGCACCAAAGGAGGCCGAGUGCAAACUCGACGAGGUGGCGCUGGACUGCACCCAGCUCACCUUCUUUCCUGCCCUGAACGAGAGUCUGCACUCAGAAGACUUCUUGGAACUGUGUCAGGAAAGACAGGUCAUCCUGCAGGAGCUCCCAGAUGGAGAAAAGGUGACACAGAAGUUCUCCUUGGUGAUUGUGCAAGGCCACCUGGUCUCGGAAGGCAUCCUGCUCUUUGGCCACCAGCAUUUCUACCUCUGUGAGAACUUCACGCUGUCUCCCACAGGUGACAUCUACUGCACCCGCCACUGCUUAUCCAACAUCAGUGAUCCCUUCAUUUUCAACAUGUGCAGCAAAGACAGGUCCUCCGACCAUUACUCGUGCCAGCGCCAUGGCUAUGGGGACCUCAGGGAGCUCCGACAGGCGUGCUUCCUGCUGCAGGACAUCGCCAUGGAGAUCUUUUUCCAAAAUGGAUAUUCCAAGUUUCUUGUCUUCUACAACAGUGAUCGGAGUAAAGUCUUCAAAAGCUUCUGCUCUUUCCAGCCCAGCUUGAAGGGGAAAAGCACCUCCGAGGACCCCCUCAACCUCAGGCGACCCCACAGCUCCGACAGGACCAUGUUGCAGAGGUGGCAGAAAAGGGACAUCAGCAAUUUUGAGUACCUCAUGCACUUGAACACACUGGCCGGGAGGACUCACAACGACUACAUGCAGUACCCGGUGCUCCCCUGGGUGCUGGCUGACUACACCUCUGAGACGCUGAACUUGACCAAUCCCAAGACUUUCCGAGAUCUUUCCAAGCCCAUGGGGGCUCAGACCAAGGAGAGGAAGCUGAAAUUCAUCCAGAGGUUUAAAGAAGUUGAAAAGACUGAAGGAGACAUGACUGUCCAGUGCCACUAUUGUACCCACUACUCCUCUGCCAUUAUUGUUGCCUCCUACCUGGUCCGGAUGCCACCCUUCACCCAGGCCUUCUGCUCUCUGCAGGGAGGAAGCUUUGAUGUGGCUGACCGGAUGUUCCACAGUGUGAGGAGUGCAUGGGAGUCAGCCUCCAGGGAGAACAUGAGCGAUGUCCGAGAGCUGACCCCUGAGUUCUUCUACCUGCCCGAGUUCCUCACCAACUGCAACGCUGUGGAGUUUGGUUGCAUGCAGGAUGGGACAGUGCUGGGUGAUGUCCAGCUCCCUCCCUGGGCAGAUGGAGACCCUCAGAAGUUCAUCAGCCUGCACAGACAGGCUCUGGAGAGCAACUUCGUCAGCGCCAACCUCCACCACUGGAUAGACCUCAUUUUUGGGUACAAGCAGCAGGGCCCAGCUGCGGUGGAGGCAGUUAACACCUUCCACCCCUACUUCUAUGGCAACAGGGUGGAUCUCAGCAGCAUCAGUGACCCCCUGAUCAAGAGCACCAUCCUGGGGUUUGUCAGCAACUUCGGCCAGGUGCCCAAACAGCUCUUCACCAAGCCCCACCCGGCCAGGAGCUCUAUGGGGAAGCCUUCACCUGGGAGGGACACAGCCACACCCUCCAGCCUACCCAGCCAGCCAAAGCCUUUCCUGCACAGCCUGCAGUCCCUGAAGCCCUCCCAGGUCACCGUCAAAGAUAUGUUCCUUUUCUCUCUAGGAUCAGAGUCUCCCAAAGGGGCUAUUGGCCACAUCGUCCCCACCGAAAAGAACAUUCUAGCAGUGGAGAAGAACAAAGUGCUGCUGCCUCCCGCCUGGAAUAGGACUUUCAGCUGGGGGUUUGACGACUUCAGUUGCUGCCUGGGGACCUAUGGCUCCGACAAGGUUCUGAUGACCUUCGAGAAGCUGGCCGCCUGGGGCCGCUGUCUGUGUGCUGUGUGCCCAUCACCCACGGUGAUCAUCACUGCCGGGGCCAGUGCCGUGGUGUGUGUGUGGGAGCUCAGUGUGGUCAAAGGCCGCCCGAGGGGCCUUCAUCUCCGGCAGGCCCUGUACGGACACACCCAGGCUGUCACGUGCCUGGCAGCAUCAGUCACCUUCAGCCUCCUGGUGAGUGGCUCUGAGGACCGCACCUGCAUCCUGUGGGACCUGGACCACCUUGUGCAUGUGGUGCGUCUGCCUGCCCACCGGAAGGGCAUCUCGGCCAUCGCCAUCAGUGAUGUCUCGGGCACCAUCGUCUCCUGUGCAGGUCCCCACUUGUCCCUGUGGGAUGUGAAUGGACAACCCCUGGCCAGCAUCACCACAGCCUCGGGCCCGGAAGGAGCCAUAACCUGCUGCUGCAUGGUGGAGGGACCAACAUGGGACCCAAGCCACGUCGUUGUCACAGGCAGUCAAGACGGCAUGGUUCGGAUUUGGAAGACUGAGGAUGUGAAGAUGUCUGUUCCCCAGCAGGCAGCAGCAGAGGAGCCCUGCAUGCGGCCUCACAGCCCCAGAGGUCACAAGUGGCAGAAGAACCUCGCCCUGUGCCGGGAGCUAGAUGUCAAUCUGGCUUUGACAGGAAAGCCCAGCAAGGCCAGCCCUGCGGUGACAGCUCUGGCCGCCUCUAGGAACCAGCCGAAGCUCCUGGUUGGCGAUGAGAAGGGGAGAAUAUUCUGCUGGUCUGCAGAUGGGUAGGCUGCAGCAGGGGCUCUGGCAUGCAACCUUAUGUGGUACCCAGCAGUGGAAAUGAUCAGGGCCUUUGGGGGCCCCCUCUCCCCAGGGCAUUUGAGGAAGGGGCCUCUGCCCAUCAGUGCUCCAUACCCCAAACUGUCCCUGUGGCCCGUGGGAGGACUCUAGACAGGCUACAAAAACACAUGUAUGCUGGACACUGACCUGUGGGUGACAAGACACACAGGAAAUGCACAUGACUCUGCUAUUCCACUGAGAAAAAUGGGGCGGGUUACUGGAAACUGUCUGGUGUGUUUAUUUUAUUAAAGCAACUAUUUUCCCAG